GAGUGGAGAGCUAGGUCACCUGCAGCCACUGGGAAACGCUGGGUAGUCAAGACGCCCUGGAGUUUGGACCUGCUUUGCUGCUGGGUUCUGGGCGUGGCUCAGGCGCAGCCAGGUGACCUCGGUGAGCUGACAUUCCUGCCUUUCUUUCAGCCUCGGAUUCCUUUGCUUCUGUGACAGUGACGCACUUAAAAGUGACUCAGUUUCAGGGAAAGGAAAUUGGUGUGGAGAGAGACAGAAGACUGCGUGGACAGGCAGAGGAAGGCACGGUGAUGCCCUUAACCCGGUCCCUGCGGGGACUCCACCAAGUAGCCUGUACUGUCUGCACCCGGCCCCUGCAGGAUGCGGUGACCAUAGCCUGUGGACACGCUGUCUGCCUACUCUGCCUCCCGCGCGCCCCAAUGGGGGCCCAGCUGCUGUGCCCGCUCUGUCAGGGGGCAGAAGAGGAGAAAAUCCAGACCGCAGUGACUCCGGUGUCCCUAGGUCCCCUGAGCGAGACCUGCUGCGAAGAGCACGGAGAGAAGAUCUAUUUCUUCUGCAAGACAGACGCGGAGCUGCUCUGCGUGUUCUGCAGGGAGGGCCCCGCCCACCAGGCACACACUGUGGGGUUCCUGGAUGAAGCCAUCCAACCCUACAGGGAUCGUCUCAGGAGUCGGUUAGAGGCUCUAAGAAUGGAGAGGGACAAGAUGGAAGAUAGGAAAUGUCAAGAAGACCAGAAGCUCCAGGAGGUUCUGAUGCAGGUUGAAAGCAAGAAGCAACAGGUAGAAGCUGCUUUCGAAAGGCUGAAGCGGGAGCUGGUGGACCAGAGGUGUCUCCUGUUGACCAGGCUGGAAGAACUAGAACAGCAGAUCUGGAAGGAGAGGGAGGAGUACAUCACGACAGUCUCCCAGGAGGUCGACCGGCUGGGUGCCCAGGUUGAGGAGUUAGAGGAGAAGUGUCAGCAACCAGCAAGUGAGCUUCUGCAAGAUGCCAGACUCAACCAGAGCAGGUAUGAGAUGAAGACUUUUGUGUGCCCAGAGGCCAUUUCCUCUGACCUCAUCAAGAAGAUUAGAAACCUCCACAGGAAAAUACUCUGCCUCCCAAAGAUGAUGAGGACAUUCUCAGGUACAAGGGCUCUGGAUCCCGUUAGGUGUUCUACCUUCCACCUGCCUCCACCUUUCGACUUCAAAACCUGGUUCAAACCACCAAGCAUAGUGGCACCUGCCUGCAAUGUCGGCACCAGGGAGACCGAGGCAGGAGGAUCUUAAGUUUCAAGACAGCUUGGACUACAUAGUGAAACCCAAACAAAAAUAAGCAAACAGCUUGGGUUAAGCAUCUUCUCUCCUUGCACCUUCCUACAAGACCUCACUCUACUCAGAGAGCAAUUCCCCAGAUUGUGGUCUCCUCUAUCCAAGGACCAGGAGAUACACUUCUUUUAAGUCUUGUAUCCCUGUCCUCACAUUGUAGUCAGGACAUCCUCCCCUUGGGAGUAUCUGUAGGAGAUAUUAAGUCUCACAGAUCUUUGUUUCUGCUUUCUUCAGAAAACUUGAUGCACCAUCUGGAAACAGAUUCAGGUAAUCAGCAAGUGCUCAGGGUUGGGGGUUGGGGGUUCCCUUGAUAUCCAUUCCACCCAUGGCCACCAACAGCAAUGAAAUGUGUUCACCUGGACCCUGACUGUGUGGGGGUCUUGGGUCUAUUAAGCCUUUUCUCUCCACCAUUGCUCCUACACUAUAAAACCAUUUGAGGAUUAAAUGAAUUUAUACAAGGAGCUCAGCACAGUACCGGGCACACAGUGACUGGUGAAUGUUCUCAGUUAUGUGUAUAGAUAUUUGUCCAGAAUUAUGCAAGACUUUCUGUAGAUUUGAACAAAUAUCAUGUAUUAAAAACCUAGUCAUUUGCUGGUCAUGGCGACACAGUUACAAUCCCAGCACCUCGGUGGUGGAGGCGGUCAGACUGCCUCAAGUUUGAGGUCAGCAUGGGCUAGAGUUAGUUUUAGGCCAGCCUCAGCUACAAAGACCGUUUCUGGGGGUGGGAUGUAGGGAAGGGCUGGGGUCUAGGGAUGUAUUAAUAGCUUCCUACUAGGGCUUGCUUGCCUACCAUGCAUAAAACCCCAGUGCCACAAAAAAGGGACCUGGAGAGGAAAGAGCAAAAUUAACAUUUACUUUCAAAUUGGCGCUUAAUUGUUCCCAGAAGCACUUGCCUGUUCUUAUAUUGAUCCCUAUUUCUCUACCGUACUGUAGAAACUUUAUCUAGACACCUGGUUAAAAUGCAGGCUCUUGUUGGGGUAGUCUAGGGCAGGGCCCAAGAUUUUGUGCUUCUUUACAGGCUCCUAGGUACUGUGCUGCUGCUGCUGUCCCGGCUACUUCACUUUUAAGAAACAAAUCCUCUGACACAGCUAUCACUUCUGUCCUCCAGAAACAGAAGCCUAGGAAGCAGGCAGCGAUGGACCAUGUAUCAUCCUGAAGUGAGGGUAGGGGGUCACUCUGGACCCUCAGACCACAACCCGGAGCCCAAUCCUCUCUAUAAUGGCCACCUGAGUGGCAGCUGCACCGUAAGAGUGGCCCCAAGGUGAGGGGAUGGCAGGACCUGGGCACUGAGGACAGUGUCCUCACCGUGACACUUUUCCAACUGGCUAGCACCUAUCUGCCAUGCAAAUGGAGACACAGCUGUUCUGUGCGGCGUAGACGUGGUCACAGACUACCAGGUAUGGGAGAGACCCUGCAAACGUCAAAUACCAAGGCACCAACCGCCAUCUUUUUCCAACCCUGUCCCACCUGGACAAAGUUCCUGCCGGCUGUGGAAAGACUGAAGUGGAGGCAGUGAAUUGUGGCAGACAAGACAGCAGCCGGAAACCCAGCUCUGUGCCUAGCAUUCAAAAAUGAGGUCGGAACUUAGGGUCUUGGAGUCUUGUACAGUUUUUAAUGUGUUACCACAUUUAAUCCAGUACCGUCAGCACCCUGCAAUCCCGUUCCUGGACACGGUGAUCUCUCUGGAGAGCCAGAAGCAGACAAGGCAGGCAUUGCUCUAGACACCAAGCAAAGCCAUGAGCCAAUGGGAUUUAACAAAGUAAAAGUUUCAAAAUGACCAUUGUAGGGUAACCAGGGCUGUUUGGCUUGUACUAAUUUAUAAUGACUUUUGGACACAAAGCUGGAGAUGCUUUGGGGCCUCAACAAAUCUGGGUGGACCCCAAAGUGUCCCUUCAGGUCAUUUCUCUAGGUUUUAAGAGAAUGUUUUAAUAAAAUAAGCCAAGGGCCUUG